CAGAAAACAAACAAACAAACAAACAAUGCUUUAUAUAUCAAUCUCAUACUCAGUAAUUUCUUGAAUCAUCUUCUUCAUUUUUCUUGACAAAAAAGCUAUGGAAAAUCUUAACAAUCCAUUGCUAAAUGUAAGCGGAGAGUGUUUUGAUAAUAUUCCUGUAUAUUCAGAAGGAAUUUGGAAUGUAAAACGUGGUGAUUCAUUUCUUGAACAUUCUUUUGUUCGUUUCCAAAUUCAAAUACUAGCAAUGCUUCUCAUUUCUAAUAUAGUUUAUCAUGCUGUGUUCAAGCGUUUGCAUAUUCCUCGAUUUUCGUCGGAUUUUAUGGCAGGGCUUAUAUUGGGAAGAUCAGGCCUACAAGCUUUAUAUCCUGAGAAGGCACUAUUUUUGUUCCCACCAGUCCCCAAUCAAGUUUUUGCUUCAUUAAUAAAAGUUGGAUACAUUCUAUUCACAUUUCUAACAGCAGUCAGAUUGGACACAAAUUGCAUAAGCAGAAUAGGAAGAAGAGGCCUUAUUUUAGGAUGUUUAAUAUAUGCAUUUCCUUAUGCAAUCACAACGUCUUUCCACAUCAAGUUAAACCCGAAAGUCCAAAUCACUCUCGCAGAAGCCGGCGCGCAGACCAACAACGUGAAACUCUACGUAUCAGAAUUCGUACGAAGCCAAUUCGUUGAUAUCAGUGUUGUUCUGAUGCAACUCAAGAUCACAAAUUCUCGGCUCGGACAUUUAGCGCUGGCCAUUACGGUUAUCGGAGAUGUGGUGCAGUUUUUCGUUGGAAACGUUACGAACAUUCUCUCUAGGGAGGUACUUACAUCCAAGAGAGUCGUGGCUGUCUCGUUUCUUUUGCUGAUAGUUUUUAUUGGAUUCACUAUUAUCAUCAUGAGAGCAUUGUCAUUUUGGUUCAUCCGAUUGACUCCCGAAGGUAGACCGAUGAAGGAUCUUUACGUGCAUGUUUUCGUAGCGAUUGUGUUGGUUUUAUCAUCAAUUGGAGAUGCAAUGGGGCUGCAUUAUUUAUGGGGGCCAUUUGUGCUAGGUUUGAUAAUACCAGCAGGCUCACCAUUAGCUACAACUCUAACCAAAAAGCUUGAUACUAUGGUGUAUGGGCUACUUAUUCCUCUUAUGAUUGCAUUUUGUGCCACAAAAGUUACAUUAUGGACAUUUUUGGCAUACAUAGGCGAUGCUCUCAACUUUCAGAUGGCUAUAAUUAGCUAUAUGUUUAAGGUGGUUGCAACUUUUAUCUUUGUGGUAGCUCUUAUUAAAAUCUCUUACAAAGAAGCUCUUGCUCUUACGCUCAUUUUGAACGUCAAAGGCAUUAAUGAGCUCGGAUAUAUUUUGAGCUUCACUAACAUGGAGUCGGAUGACAGUGUAAGCGGACUUCUGUUAGUUUUCUUGUUAACAUCCUAUGCACCACCUCUAAUAAAUUUACUCUAUGAUCCAACCAAGCAUUACAUUGGCUAUAACAAAAAAUGCAUUGAGUACACUCCAUAUGAUGCUGACCUUGAAAUUCUAGUUUGUGCACAUAAACAAGAAGAUGCCAUGGCUGCAAUCAGGCUUUUUGAGCUUUCUAAACCUACAAAACAAAGCCCCAUUUCUGUUUAUGGACUAUGCUUGGAAGAGCUUGUUAGUAGUGCCAAUCCACUUUUGAUCAAUCACCAAUUAGGUCAAAAAAUCUCCACUUCCCAAGUAUCAACUCUAUCUCGGUCGCAGUCCAUCAUCGACGUUUUUCGGUAUUUCAAGUCCGAGUUCAAGAAAUCCGCCCAGGUUAACGUGUACACCGCAAUCUCUCCGCUCAAACAGAUGCACGAGGAUAUAUGCUGGCUCGCAUUCGACAAGUCGUGUUCGUUGAUUAUACUUCCGUUCCAUAAGAAAUGGAGUAGCACUGGGAAAAUUGUGUCGAAUAGUAUUGAUUUCAGGAAUUUGAACAUCAGUGUUUUUGACAGGGCGCCCUGUUCUGUCGGAAUUCUGAUAGAUCGGCGGAAAAACCGCGGAUUGUCGUCUGUUUUUGACUUGUCGACGAUAUAUCACGUGGCUAUAUUAUUUGUCGGAGGUAGAGACGACAGAGAAGCACUGGCGUACGCGUUAAGAAUGUCGAGGAGCUCGGAACUUCGGCUGACAAUUAUGCAUUUUGUUACUACGGAAGAAAUCGUGCACGAUAGUUGGGAAAAUAUGCUCGAUCUCGAAUCUUUAAAAUGCUUGAGAGAAGAAAUUGCAAUGAACAUGAAUAUUACUUAUAUUGAAGAGACCGUGAGGGACGGGUCUGAUACAGCAGCGAUAAUUAAAUCCAUUCAAGGGAAUUUCGAUCUGAUAAUGGCCGGGAGACGCCACGAAAGCAAGCCGGAAGUAGUAUCGGGAUUAUUGCAAUGGGCGGAAUAUCCCGAGCUUGGAGAAAUGGGGGAUUUGCUUGCUUCUUCAGAUAUUUUGAGUACAGUUUCAAUAUUAGUGAUGCAACAACAAAUCCUGAAAGCAGAUCAUAGUAGUAUUCUGAAUUGAUAUAUGAUUUGUUAUGAUUGGAUUUCAGAAAAUUAAGAUCGAUGUUAACAUAUUAAGCAUAUUCUUAACUGAA